AUGUAUUUGAUUCUAUUAGGAAUUCUUAUUGGAAUAAUUUUGUAUAUUACUUAUAAAAGAAAGAAUAAAUUAAUCAACGAUGAUUCCAAUAUGAAAUAUGAUCAUGCCAUAAUUAUGGGUGGAAGUAUUGCUGGAAUGACAACUGCUGCUUAUUUAUCAAAAUAUUUUAAACGUAUCACACUUAUAGAAAGUGAUGAUGUCUUAAAUGAAACAUUAAUGAAAUCAACAGCUAACGAAUUAUUAGAUUAUCGUUGCAAUUUAAAAUGUUCAAGUUCAUUAGGUCGUGCAGGUGUAACUCAAAGUUAUCAAAUUCACGUUUUACAGGGUGAAGGAGCUAAUAUUCUAUUUGAAUUAUUUCCUAAUCUAAAAGCUAAACUAAUAAAUGAAUAUGGUGCUUGUUUAUGUUCAUUGAAAAAUAAAUUUCGAUUUGUUAUUGGUGAUGUUUUAUUAAAUAAAAAUUUAACGGAAGAUCUUCAUUGGUUUUGUAUCGAUCGUUUUACAUUAGAAACGAUCUUAAGAAGAGAAUUAUGUUUACAAUAUGAUAAUGAACAAAUUCAAUGGAUGUCAAAUACGAAAGUAACACAAUUAAUUGUAAAUCAAUCAACAAAUGCUGUUCUUGGUGUUAAAUAUCGAUCGAAAUUAAAUUCCGAUACAAAAAUGCAGCUUUAUAGUGAUUUUAUAAUUGAUUGUACUGGAAGAUAUAGUUCAUCUAUUAAAUGGUUAAAAGAAAAUUUCGAUUUAAUUCUUCCAACCGAAGAAUUACAUACAGGAACGGGUUAUGUUUCGUUUGUUGGCGAAAGAUUUAAGACAGGAAAUGUAUCAUUAGACUCAAUACACGUUGGUGGAAAUGCAGCUCAUGCACCAAAUCAUAAUAAAGGUUUUCUUACGACUCCUAUUCGACAAAUAAAAAGCUCUGAUCCAAAUUCACUAGGGCUAUUAUCAAACUUUGCUGUUUAUUGUGUCAAUUCUGAAUAUCCUCCAAAUGAUUCAUAUGAAAAUCUUUUAGAAUGGAUAAAAGAAUAUCUUCCUAUCGACUAUUAUUUAAUUUUAAAAUCAACAAAACUAUUAAGUCCAUUACUACCAUAUCGACGUGCUUUUGAUUCUCGAAAAUAUGUUGAAUUACUUGGGCGAAAAUGGCCACUCAAUUAUAUUCUAUUAGGAGAUGCAAUGUGUGUAUUCAAUCCAAAAAAUGGUCAAGGAAUGACUCAUGCAUGCCGACAAGCAAAACAAUUAAAUGAAAUAUUUAAACAAAAAUAUCAUUUAAAAGAUAUUUCAUUUAUUUAUAAUCGUCAAGCAUCAUCAAUUAGUGAAGAAUGUUGGCUUGGUUCAACUACAAAUGAUUGGGCUGUACCAACAUUAAAAGUAAUCAAAACUGAUCAAUAUGGUAAAACAACGACUUAUCAACGAAGUGAAGAUUCAACAUCAAAUUAUUCUCAACCUAAAAUACCUUUAUUUAUGCAAUUUUUACAAUGGUAUACACAUUGGUUAAUUAAAUGUGCUGCUCAAUCAGGAGAACUAUCAACAGCUUUUCUAUAUGUUGUUUUUCAAGAAAAAACACCAUACUCAUUGUUACAACCAAAGUUUUUCUUGAAAAUUCUUUAUUCGUCUUUUAGAAAUUCUUUUAAUUUAACGAAAAGUCUUUUCGAUUAA